AUGGGUAUUAAGAAGUGGUGGAAUCUGGAUUCAGAGACUCCUCAUGAAUGCAUCCAGUUAGGCCGGAGCUGUGUGGAAAGCUCCAAAAACAGCAGCACACAAAUACAGUCGAGAUGGAAAAUGUUUUGGAAGAAAAACAUAUGUGAGAAGAAGAAGUUUCCUGGCAGAACUACUCCAGUUACGUUAAUGCAUACUGCUACAUACGAUUCCAAGACGUAUUCCAAAAACUUCGAUCAAGGAACUGGGUGGAUGGAUCCCGAUAAUCUUUCUCGGUCUUUCUCAGCUCGGUUUGCCGAUCCUUCUAGAGUUCUGCAUACUGUACGAAUGGGUAGUUUAUUGGAUUGA